CUGGGGUUCCAGUCCAGAAGUUGGAGUGUGGUUGUGCUUGAUUUGCUUCCGUCAGUGGCGUCGCCCGCCCCAUGGCGUUGAUCACUGAUGGCAACCGGAAACUGGAGGAGUACAAGGCCAGGGAGUCCAUCUACAUUUCAGCCUUGGUCAACCAAGAGGCUGAGAUGACCCGUUUGAGGUCCUUGGCUGCUGAGAUCAUGGGCGCUUAUGGCAAUGUCUCCAAGGCAGCCCUGAGAGGGGCGCUUGCAGAUGCCACCAGCAACAUGGGGGUGCUGGUGCUGCGGCAGCAGGCGCACCCCGUUGAUUCGCAUAUUUUUGCAAGAGCCAAGGAGCAGCGUGUGCGACAACUGAAGGAUGACUUGGAGGCUAACCGCUUUGAUCAGAGCGACCCUGCCGGAAAGGCCCUGAUGCAGAAAUGCAAGGCGCUCCUUGCUGAGAACCGAGAGCUUGGCGAGCUCAUGCAACAGGAGCGUCUCGCAGAGUUGCGCACUGCCUUUCAAAACGAGCAGAGGAAGAAUGCCGAGCUCCAGCAGAAAUGCACGGAGAGUGCCGACUUCUGCAAGGAACUCACUCAGGACAACGAGAAACUCCAAAAUAACAUCGCCAAGGUGUCCGGUUCGCUGCGACAGGCGCGGGCGGAGUUGGAGACCUUGAAGCGACAGCGGCAGGAGGUCAAGGCCCAGAGGAAGCAGGCCAAGCUCCUGAAGCAGCAGGCAGCUGCCUUGACUAACGAACUGAGUGGCGCAGAGAUACCGGCGGACGCGGCUGUUGAAGUGGUGGAUGAUGACGAGGCGGAUGCAGCACCAAAAGAAAAGAAGGCCAAGAAGCGCAAGAAGGCUGAGGAAGGUCAGACUCCCGGCGAGUGACCACUGCAGGUCAGAUAGAA